AGCUCAUUGUCGGCCCACCUACAAGGUAGACGGAGAAAAGAAGCCAGUCUUCGCAUGGCUCAAAUAAAUGAUAACGAGUGAAACGAAUCCUUCGUGUCAUACAACGGCGAUACAUGACUCUCGCGCAGAAACCACUUUCUCACUAUUGCGAGACCCUCCCCAGCCCCACGAGUAAUGCGAGCAGCCGGAUAUCAAUUUCAGGCAACCACGGAAAAUUAUCGUCGCGCUCCACACACGCGCCCACACACGACCCUGCUCAGAGUCAUAGCACUCGUAUAAAUUCACCAGUUCAACACAUCAUCAUUAUCAGCCUCACGAUGUUCUUCCGCGCCUUGACUGCACUUUUAGCUGCCGCCGCUGCCACAUCGUCACCACUGGCAGCUCGUGAUGCCGGUCCUGAAUGCACCAUCGUCGUCACCCCAAAAGACUCCAGCUAUGCUGCCGGAGCUGCGAACCAGUUGACCUAUGGUUCGUCCUCCAAAUGGGUCUUCUAUGACACGAUCAGUUAUAACCAUUACUGUCCAGGUUUCCUGUACCGGUUCGGACAAUCGACCUAUCCAGAUGGAACGAGCGUCACUAGUACCUCUGUAAGCCCGGUCCACCGCUGUAACCGUCCCGCUGACGCUUUACACGUAGCUCGCCUACGGCCCAUCCGUAAGCUCGAACGGCGACGGAACCUACACCGCCGUUACCGUUAUCACUGCGACGGGUCUGACUUCAGAUCAAAUCGCGACGAUCAUCGAGGAGCAAUGGCCAGAGACGUGGGUUUGGGGAGAUUCCAACCCCGGAUAUGACUGGUACAUGAACAGCACGGCGUGUUAAAGGAUAAACAAGGGAUAAAUGUCGCUAUGAGUCCUAGUCUUUUCUUUGAAUGCGGUGAAUGAAAGGCGUUCUUGAAAUAAUAUUUCCGUGAUCAAUAGCACCA